AUGAAUGACUGUAAAAACAGCACAGUGACUGAAUUCUACCUAACCCCAUUCUCCACCUCCAGAAGAGAGGAAAUUCUUAUAUUUACUGCGUUUUUAAUCUUAUAUCUGCUAGCAGUGGUGGGAAAUCUGAUCAUCAUUGUACUGAUCUGUGGUGUACCCCAACUUCACACUCCCAUGUAUUUCUUCUUGUGUAAUCUUUCUUCUGUAGACAUCAUCUAUGUCUCUGCUAUUAUCCCAAAGAUGUUGUCCACCAUGUUAACACAAGCCAAGACAAUCUCCUUUGAUGGCUGCUUCACUCAGAUGUCCUUCUUCAUAUUCUGUUCUAAUGCUGAGAUUUAUAUCCUGACCUGUAUGGCGUAUGAUCGCUAUCUGGCGGUUUGUUCUCCUCUACAUUAUUCUUUGAUCAUGACCAGGAAAGUUUAUAUUAUUUUACCAGUUUCCUACAUGACUUUCAGUGCCAUGAAUUCCAUAGUGUUAACCUUCAAGAUGUCUACAUUAUCAUUCUGUAACUCUCACCAGAUUGACCAUUUCUUUUGUGAGGUAGUACCAUUGAUGGCGCUGGCUUCUAGUGACACUAAGAUUAUGAAAAUGAUCCUGUCAACAGAAGACUGUGUGGGAGUUUUUAGUUUGAUGUUUAUUCUAAUCUCAUAUAUAAAAAUUAUAUUAGCAGUUUUAAAGGUUCGUUCCUCUGGGGGGCAACUUAAGGCAUUUUCUAGCUGCUCUUCCCACAUAAUUACCGUCUUAUUAUUCUAUGGACCAAGCAUCUUCAUGUACAUGAAACCCGAGUCUGAAAACUCUAAGGAACAAGACAAAAUUCUCUCAAUGUUUUAUGUGGCCGUGGUCCCAAUGUUAAACCCAUUUGUAUACAGCCUGAGGAACAAAGAAGUCUUGAGAGCUGCUAGAAAAAUGGCCAAGGGAAUCUUUAAGUAA